GUGAAAGUGAAACAGAGCAAAAAAAAUUUGAAAAAUAAAAAUUUGUGUCCGACUAGAGGUCCAAAUGGCUCGGUUCCAACUUUCGAUGAAUUUGCGCUGCGCGAGAUUUACGAUGGAUUGAGCGAUGAUCUUCGCGUAAGGGUGGGACAGCACUUCUGGGACCUAGAUUCGAGGUAUCUGGAUGGCCUUACCGAUGGGAAAAAGGAAGUGGAGCACUGUAAGUUUCUGGUAGGUGUUUACUACAAGCACGGAUAUGGUUUGGGCUUCAUGUUUGCGGCUUACUUGGAUGUCGUGUGCACAGCUAAGCAAAAUAUUGCCAAUUGGAUUCCAGCCUUUAUACUUGUUCCAGGAGCUGAGGUCACUCAAGCAAUGGUGACUCAGCAUAUUCACACUGCUCUAGUGAAGGUUCGUUUGUAUCGAGUGACGAGAGGGACUCUUGGUGGAAGAUACAUUGUCAGAGAACUUCUGUUUGUUGUUAGCGAUGUGGGCGUCCCACAAGUCGAUGUGGGCGUCCCACAAGUGUUGCUGAGGAAUGUUAGACUUGCUGGAGACCAUCCCCCAGCAAACACUUGUGGGACGCCCACAUCGCUAACAACAAACAGAAGUUCUCUGACAAUGUAUCUUCCACCAAGAGUCCCUCUCGUCACUCGAUACAAACGAACCUUCACUAGAGCAGUG